CCCGUCGGUCCUUAAGGGGAGGCCGUUCCCGUCGCGGGCGGCCCUUAAGGGGAGGCCAUUCCCGUCCCCGUCGACCCUUAAGGGGAGGCCGUUCCCGUCCCCGCCGGCCCUGAAGAGUAGGCCGUUCCCGUCCCCGUCGGCCCUGAAGAGUAGGCCGUUCCCGUCCCCGUCGGCCCUGAAGAGUAGGCCGUUCCCGUCCCUGUCGGCCCUGAGGGGGCCAGCUCUUUGUCUUCCCUAGUCUCCGUCUCUGGUUCUGGCUCCACAUCUGGGUUCGUCUCUGGUUCGGGUUCCACGUUAGUCCCUGUCUCUGGUUCUGGCUCAUCGGCCUGGCAAGGCCCUAUGCUUCUAUCAUCUGCCUGACUGGUGGCCUCGGCGCCUCCUGCCGCUAGGGUGGCGCUGCCUCCUUCGUUGCCAGCCGCUUCGUCUAGGCCCUUUUUUGGGGUGCUCACCUGGAGGACGUUGUUUCUUCCUGCAGGCCUCAAGAUGCGGUCUGUUCCGACAUUGGCCCCCUAGAGCUCUAAGCUCUUUCGUGGGCACCGAGUGUGCCAUUCCGGUUCAGCGGCUGCUGGGUCGAGACUCUCCUCGCCACCAGCCUCCCUGAGAGAAUGGUUUGGACUCUCCGUCAUGUCUUGGACUUAUGUUUGGACUCAGGUGUUCUGUGCAGUCUUGUUUUUGUUCUCUUUAAUAAUCCCACUCAAGCCUAGUCCUGUCUGUGCUGUGCGUUUGGGUUCUCCACCGUAUUGAGUUUCGACAAGUGAGCUCUUCUCCACUUCAGUUUGCCCCCGUACGUAACAUUUUGUCGCGUCUACUGAUUCCACCUAUUGCAGAGGCCAGUGGAGGCUAGGCUACGCUAAACCUUCGGCUAGUAGCUUAGCUAACCUCAAAGACAUGGGUCGUAGAGCGACACCCUCAGCAGAGGGUGUCGUGUUCGCCACAUACUUCCACUUCUCUCUGCCCCCGACUCCGCCAACAACCCCCAAGGUCACCACAAUAUGUAAGUGUAAAUGUAACAAAAUACAGCCGUAAGUUAUAUUCCCAGGCUAGCUUACAUCAUCAGUAGUUUUUUCAUUUAUAAAUACAGUAAUCAUAGUAAUAGUAAUUAAAGUUGUUUAUGUGUGUUUUAUGUUUAUAAUUAUUUUCUUAUUAAAUAAUUCUAAAUGUGACUUUUAAUGUGGACUGAAUGUUUGUGUCUACUUGGUGCAUUACACUCAUUUCGUGUCCCGUGAGGGAAGGGACGGCUAUAAAUUAUGUCUCUCACUCUUCCAGAGCGGGGGGGCUGUCUUUGGGCGAGAGCUCUCGCAGGACAGGUCACACACACACACACACACACACACACACACACACACACACACACACACACACACACACACACACACACACUCAAACCUAUGGGCAAUCAGGAUCAUCAACUGAGGCCAACACAUUGAAAAAGAAAGUCCUUAGCAGCUGUCUGCACACACCAAAGUUCCUUAGUCUCUUUAGCAGGUGAAAGCGACUCUGGCUCCUCCUGUACAGAGUCUGUUGUUUGACCAGUCCAGUUUAUUGUUCAUCAUCAUCACUGUUGCUCUGCUGCCCAUCCAUUAUUUUGUAAAUGUAAUAGUAACAAAAUACAGCUGUAAGUUGUAUUCCCAGGCUAGCUUACAUCUUCAGUAGUUUUUUCAUUUAUAAAUACAGUAAUCAUGAUAAUCAUAGUAAUUAAAGUUGUUUAUGUGUGUUUUAUGUUUAUAAUUAUUUUCAUAUUUAAUAAUUCUAAAUGUGACUUUAAUGUGGACUGAAUGUUUGUGUCUACUUGGUGCAUUACACUCAUUUCGUGUCCCGUGAGAGAAGGGACGGCUAUAAAUUAUGUCUCUCACUCUUCCAGACCCGCAGGUACAAGACUUGUUCUGUCUGAUGCAAGUACAGUUGUAGCAGUCCUAUGAGUUGAUUGUCAUGGGCCAAGAGGAGAGAAGAAGAGCCGCUCUCAUACUGAAUGCGACCUUUGUUCGCCCUGCAGCUUUUUACAUUAACGGGUUUUCAGACCUUCCUCAUGCUGAGUAUUACUACGGCUUCCUGUGCUUCGUCUACAUUCUGACGGUUCUAGGGAAUAGUUUGGUUCUUGCUGUGAUUUACCUGGUGAAGAAGCUUCACACGCCUAAAUACAUGAUUGUGUUCAGCCUGGCUUUAACAGAUCUGUGUGGCAGCACUGCUCUCAUCCCUAAAGUCCUGGACACGUUCUUGUUUGACAGGAGAUACAUUGUCUAUGAGGCUUGUUUGAGUUACAUGUUUUUUGUGUGGUUCUUCACAAGUGUCCAACCGUGGACACUCGUUGUUAUGGCUUUUGACAGGUUUGUAGCCAUUUGCUUUCCUUUACGCUAUCAUCGUAUUGUGACUAAGCCAGUGAUUGCUGCAAUGCUUUUGUUUUCAUGGGUGGCUAUAUUGAGUGUCUAUGCGCUGGCCAUUGGGUUUCUGAACCGACUCUCGUUCUGUGGCUCUUUAGUGGUGCAGAGUUUCUUCUGUGAUCAUGGUCCCAUAUUUCGUCUGGCCUGUAAUGACAAUUCUUUUAAUAGCAAAAUGGUGUAUGCUCUAAUAGUCAUAGUCAUCUGCCUUCCUUUAAUGCUGGUAGUGCUAACGUAUGUCUGCAUUUCUGUGGCUCUGAGCAGGAUCACGUCAGGGCCAGAACGACUCAAAGCCUUUAAAACGUGUGUUUCUCACCUGAUUCUUGUUGCUAUUUUCUUUCUACCGCUGCUGGGCACAAACGUAGCUGUGCUGACGUCCACCCUUCACCCCAACGCCCGGAUAUUUAACUCUACUUUGACACAGACUGUACCAGCUCUGCUGAACCCCAUCAUCUACUCUUUAAAAACAGAAGAGGUGCUCAGAUCUAUGAGAAGACUUUGCAAGAACAGGGUGAGAAAUGUAACCCUCUGCAAAAGGUUUUAACCCCUGCAUUGAUCUAGUAAAUAAAAUCUAUAAAAAAUUACAGCAUGACUUGUUUCUGUGUAGUAGUGUUAGUGUUAAAUUGUUUUGGUCUUUUUGUUAUUUCAAGCGUGUCUUGACCAAAGCAGACAGUGACAUAAAGGUUUAGAUGGACAUUAAACAAAAUGUACAAGUCUACUGUACUUCAUCACUCAUUUAAACAGUCAUAAAAUAUAACAUUGUUAAUUAAUUAUUAACCAAAUGAGGCUGUGGCGAAAUCAAAUUGGGAUAUGAUUUGGACAGUGACUUUCUUUUUGUUUGUUCUUUUAAUGUGGUCUUGUUGGUUUACAGUAUCAAUAAUUUCAAAACAAUUAGGGUUAAGAUCUCACAUGGUCAUAUACUGUGGUUAUACAAGCCACAUUAGAAUUUAAUGCAUCACUUGCAGAUAUAGUGUAUUAAUAGCUCGUGAGCUACUUCAGCAACAUGUGUUCUUGUGUUGAGCUGUGAACCCACAGCUCAGUUGUACUGAACUUAGACAUAAUAGGCAACAUAAGUAAAUGUUUCUGUGAUGACAAAUCAUGAGCCUGAAUUAAUCAGAUUUCUCUAUCUGUAAGUUAAGAAUGUGUUUAUUUGUUGUUAACAACAUUUAAAGUAUAUUGUACUGAACCUACAAAUACCUCAAAAUAAAUAUGAAUAAUUUCAUGAUGUUCAAAAUAAAGAUAAACACCUUAAUGAAUGAAUUGUGAGCUGAUGAUGUAAACAAUGACACAAUGGAGAAUAAACAGUUUGUAAAUUAACACCAUGUGACACAGCUUCCUGCUUCCACUGCUAUUUACAAUAUAAAUGUCAGGUCUCUCACAGUAGGAGUCACUUUAGGAAAGCAGGUGCUUAAUGUAAAGUCAUGUUUCAGUUCCUGCUUUGACACAUAAAUCAAUGGGUCUGGAAGAGAGAUCAGCCUCCAUAAUUAAUACUACGUUUGUUCGUCCUGCAGCUUUUUACAUCAAUGGCUUCACCAACAUCCCUCAUGCUCAGUAUUACUACGUGUUUCUGUGCUUCGUCUACAUCAUGACUGUUGUUGGCAACGGUUUUCUGAUGUCUGUGAUUUACCUGGUGAAGACUCUUCAUUCUGCUAAGUACAUGAUUGUGUUCAGCCUGGCUUUAACAGAUCUGUGUGGCAGCACUGCUCUCAUCCCUAAAGUCCUGGACACGUUCUUGUUUGACAGGAGAUACUGUACAUUUUCUAUGAGGCUUGUUUGAAUUACAUGUUCUUUGUGUGGUUCUUUGCCUUCGUACAGUCGUGGACACUCGUCACUAUAUCUUUUGACAGGUUUGUAGCCUUUUGCCUCCCGUUAAGAUACAGUACCACAGUUAUGUGACUAAACCAGCCAUUGCUGUGAUGCUGCUGUUGACAUUGGCAGCUGUAUUAAGCUUGGUAGCGUGCAUGGCUGGACUACUGAACCAUUUGUUCUUCUGUGGGUCUUUGAACCUCAAUAAAAGCCUCUGCUAGUGCAGGAACCAAAGGAGAGAGCUGGCCUGCUUCAGUGCUGCCCUCAGGAACCUUGGGAAGAACACUUGCAGACAGCAGACAGAUGUGGGACCAGAGAAAGGGCAGGAGCUGGAGCAGGCAUCAUCAGACCAACAAUGGCAGGAGUGAUCACCUCUGGACCACCAGGAACAGAAAAUGAACGGAUCGGGGAUGCAGAGCUGGAGCAUGAGCCAGACGGCAAUGGAGAGCUGGAGUAUAAGCUGGACAAGAAUGCUGAACUGGAGCAUGAGCUGGUGCUGGACGUAGAUGCACAGCUGGAGCUGGAGCCGGCUGUGGAGCUGGGGUGAGAGCUGGGGCCAGACGUAGAUGCUAAACUGGAGCAGGGGCUGGACAUGCAGAACUGGAGCUUGAGCUGUACGUGAAAACUGAUCAGGAGUUCGAGCUGGAAGCUUUGUGACAGGAGUAGAAGAGGCCAGACGUGUCUUGGCAACAGGAGCAGCAGAGGCAGAGUCACCGGGAGCAGGAAUGGACAGGGGCAAAGAGACUUGAUGUGUGCCAACAGCCCUGGGUUCCGAAGAGAGAGUCUCCGUCUCUGUCUGGAGUAGCAGAAAGGGCAGUGGGACUGUGGCUGAUGCAGGCUGAGAUGCUGUGGCUGAAGCAUGGCGUUGAGCAUGGACAAGAUGUGGAUGAGGAGCUGGAGCAAGACAGGUGAGAUGAGAAGCACAGUAGCAGGGGACCCGGAAGCUGAAGAAACACCUGCAACUUCAACCGUACUGUUCUUAACCUCCAAUGAGACUGUGGUCUUGCUGCAAUCCUCUCAGCAAAACCGGGGAAAAGGAACAUGGUCUGCAGCACAAAUCCUUCCCCAUGCACCCAGCCGUGCCGUUCCCUGCAGGUAGCGGUGCACCGAUCUGUGACACUGUCUUACUUACAGUAGACUUACUUCAAUAAGUAACUCUUCCAAGUCGUCCAUAUGUCUUGUACUGUAGUCCCAACCAGACUACUCAAAGUUCUACCUUUAAUCAGCUUGUCUAUAUUAUAUCAAAUCAACCAAUCCUUACUAACAGGUUACGUACCACAGGCUUUUAAGGUGGCUGUGUGUCAGAACGUCAUGGGCGGCGGACCCACAUACACGGCACAGACAGACUCGGAUGUUGAAAAACAAAAAGGGAUUUAUUCCAAAAAGACAGAAUCAGAAUCAGACAAGGUCAUACACAGGGAGGCAAUGACAAACAACCCAGUGGGUCAGGCAAACUCAGUUCCGUGGGCAGGCAAGAUUCGUUAACGUGAGGAUCAAGGUUACAGUACCGUUCAGACAGAGGCAGAAUCGUAGUCAAUAUCACUUGCAGGGUCGUUUACCAGGCAGGCUCGAAGAAAAAGGCAUACAUGGCAGGCAGGGAUUAG